AGCGGCGGUAGAGCUGGAACGGCGGCGGCCGCCCGGGAGGAUGCAGCCGGACCUCCCCGUCGGAGACGCGGCGCUGCGCAGCCCCCCGGCCCCUGAGCCGGCCGGCGGCCCCUUCCCCAGCGCCGAGGCCACCAAGCCACCCUACAGCUACAUCGCYCUCAUCACCAUGGCCAUCCAGAGCGCGCCCGAGCAGCGCAUCACCCUCAGCGGCAUCUACCGCUACAUCAUGGGCCGCUUCACCUUCUACCGUGACAACAAGCAGGGCUGGCAGAACAGCAUCCGCCACAACCUCUCCCUCAACGAGUGCUUCGUCAARGUGCCCCGUGAUGACAAGAAGCCGGGAAAGGGCAACUACUGGACCCUCGACCCCGACUGCUACAACAUGUUCGAGAACGGCAGCUUCUUGCGGCGGCGCCGGCGCUUCACCAGGAAGAGGGGCCUCCGGGAUGCGCCAGGCACUGAGGGAGAUGAGGGGCGCGGAAAGACCCCYAGACAGCAGGCGAGGGGACUGUCCGCUGCCCCGCUGCCUGAGGAGGGGAAGGCAGAGGGGGGCUACACCUCGCCGUUGGCCACAGGACGCCUGCCGAGCCCCGSCAGCCUGUCCGAGGGUGCAGGGGUGCCGGGGUGCGCUGAGCCCUGCGCCCGGCGUCAGCCGCCCAAGGCCAGGCAGCCGUGCCUGUACCUGCCGGACAUGCCCCAGCCCAAGGGGCCGUUCUUCACGGCCCCCGAGAGCCGCCCGCCCAAGGAGACUGUCUUCGGGGGGCUCCCGGCGGCGCUGCAGMUACCCCGGCCAGGUCAGUACCCGCUGCCCAGCGAGCGCCCGGCCCAGCACCAGCACCCUGCCCUGCUGCCCGCCCUGCUGCCCACCCAGCACAGGGACCCCCCCCAGGACUCGCCGGCCACCCCAGACACCCCCCCGGGGCAGCUGGAGGGCAAGGAGCUGGCUGCCCCUGGGUUGGGUCCGUGUCAGCCGUUUGGGCAGGUGCCACCUGUGUUCYCUGGCAACCUCCUCGGCACGGGCAAGCCGCCCCCAUCCUGCUUCCUGGAGGGAGAGGGCUACACGCAGCCCCACCUGCCCGUGUUCGGCUCCUUCGGCCGGCCGGGCCCGGAGGCRCUGGGCAGCAGUUACCAAUGCCGGGUGCAGGCACUGAGCUUCUGCAUGAAGGAGCGGCCCUGCGGCACAGCGCUGGAGCAGCUCCUGGCUGCGGCCCCGCCGGCCCCCGCCGCCCCSCGCCAGCCACCCUUCGGGGCUGUGGGGCCACGGGCAGGUGAGCAGAAGGAGCCAUGGGGGCCGGGGACCACGAUCCCACUGCAGGGGGGUAAUGGGUACCCCCUGGGGCUGCCCCCUUGCCUCUACCGGACACCCGGCAUGUUCUUCUUCGAGUGAGGGACUCCCCACCCUGGGAACCCAGCACCCAAUAAAGCACA